AUGCUCGCAACGAUUGCUGUCUGCUGUCUGCUGACUUGUGUGCUGACUUGCCAGCCACCAGGCACUGGUGCUCUCUCAACAAAUCCCACAUUUUCUUUUGAAGUUCAACCACCGCUUCGUUGGUCCUUUCAUGUUGGAGCAUCAGCUUUCCCUGGUCAGCCAAUUUCUAAAGCGGCUGCUCAAACAAAUUUCAAAGAUGACAUCGAGUUGGCGGUGUACAAAGCGUUGAACUCAAAGUCGAUCCCACUCUCAUACGCGUCCAAUCUAAAUGUGGGAACAAACCCGGUUGAUGACAUCACGAUUAUUGAUGACAUCAUGAUAUGCGGAACCGCCAUCACCACAGAAGGCCUUCUCUCAGGCAAUCAUCGCACGAUUCUCAGCAUUUGCAAUGGCUCCUCUUCUUCGAUAAAGUAUUCAGUUAAAGGCACAAUUGGGGUGAAAAGCACAGUCGCUCUUUACGAAAGCACAUGGAAAUCGUUGGCAUCAACGGUACAACAAGAGCUCACAAACAAAGGCGCCAUCUUUGUCAAACCGAUCACCGUGAAGCUU